UUGACGUCUGCUGUGGGGUGUGUUUGUGCUCGGCCUCCGUAGACGCGGAACUUCAGCAAAGACUGCCGUUAACGGAGAAUCGGAGGAGAAUCUAUAGCUUUUACUGAAGACAUCUUCCGUGCAGGACUUUAACUGAGAUCGCCUGAAGUGUCAGAUAUGUACCGCUUGCGGGCGCUGACGGCUGUCACUGUCGGGAUGGUGCAGUUGUCAAGACGGCAUCACACCGGUGCCUUCCGUUCCUAUCAGCGGCGCAGACUGAUGCUGGCCGCCCUGGCGGGGGUGACGGGCAUCUCUGCCAGCGCUGGACUACUGUGGACAAGAGCAUAUGCAGAGGCGGGGCCUUCAGUCAAGCAUGAGGAGCAGAUGAAGGAGGAGGAGCCUCUGAAGGAUGUGGUAGAGGAGGCGGAGUCAGACGGCGCUCUCGAGUCGAGUAGCGGGGAGGAGGAAGAUGAGGCAGGCACAGAAGGGAAGAAAAAGAAACAAAGAGUCGGCUUCCGUGACCGCAAGGUGAUGGAGUAUGAGAACCGGAUCAGAGCUUACUCCACCCCAGACAAGAUAUUUCGCUACUUUUCCACCCUGAAGAUCAUCAGUGAGCACGGAGACGCGGAGGUGUACAUGACACCACAGGACUUUGUGCGCUCCAUCACGCCCAAUGAGAAACAGCCAGAGAACCUUGGUCUGGAUCAGUUUGUGGUGAAACGCUAUGAUGGAAAGGACUUCUGGCAGACAGAGAAGAUCUCUCAGGACAGAGAGAAGUUUGCCGACGAGGACAGCAUUUUCUACACACUGGGGGAGUGUGGACUCAUCUCUUUCUCUGACUACAUCUUCCUCACAACUGUCCUUUCCACUCCUCAGAGGAACUUUGAAAUCGCCUUCAAGAUGUUUGACUUGAACGGAGACGGAGAGGUCGACCUUGAGGAGUUUGAGCAAGUUCAGAGUAUCAUUCGCUCUCAGACCAGUAUGGGCAUGAGACACAGAGAUCGCUCCACCACAGGAAACACUCUGAAAACAGGAGGCUGCAGUUCAGCCCUCACCACCUACUUUUUCGGGGCCGACCUGAAGGGCAAGCUCACCAUCGGCAGUUUCCUGGAGUUCCAGAGGAAAUUGCAGCACGAUGUGCUAAAGCUUGAGUUUGAGAGGAAUGAUCCAGUGGACGGCAGGAUCACAGAGAAGCAGUUUGGAGGAAUGCUGCUGGCCUACAGUGGAGUUCAGUCUCGCAAACUCAAACAGAUGCAGAAGAACCUCAAAAGGAUGUUCAAGGAUGCUCAGGGCAUCACGUUUGAAGAAGUGGAGAACUUCUUCACCUUCCUCAAGAAUGUCAAUGAUGUCGACACCGCAUUGAGUUUCUAUCACAUGGCAGGCGCCUCGAUAGAUAAAGCCACCAUGAAGCAGGUGGCCCGAACCGUGGCCAAGGUAGAGCUGUCUGACCACGUGUGUGACGUGGUGUUUGCACUCUUCGACUGCGACGGAAAUGGGGAGCUGAGUAAUAAGGAGUUUAUCUCCAUCAUGAAACAGCGGCUGAUGCGUGGGCUGGAGAAGCCCAAGGAUAUGGGUUUCACCCGGCUGGUGCGUGCCAUGUGGAAGUGUGCCCAGGACACUGCCUGGGACUUUGCCAUGCCAAAACAGCAGUAACGGCUGAGACGGCCGCCCGUCCAUUAAUGUUACGCUCCAUAUGGAGUAUAAUUAAUCAUUAAGGGAUGAACUCCUUUGGAAGGAGUUUGCAACUCUACUCAACAUCCAAACAGAGCUCACUAUCUUGUAUUUAUUUCUUGCAGUCGGCCAGUUUUGGAGUUGAAUGCACAAUUCUACAUACACUAGAAUGUGACUGAAGCGUGUGAAAACACGAGAGAGGUCAUCAUCAAGUGCCAUUGGUCUGAAAUGAAUGUUAGGACUUACUCAGAUAAUUCAUAUGAUAUUCAGCUUUGAUUUUAAAACACUCACCAUCACUUCUUCAGCAAAAAGCUCCUUAUUUUUCACUCCUGUUGUCAAGUGCGUCUCAAGUCUCCACUUCAGAACUGAUUUAUUAGCAUCCAGCGACAAGAAGCAAUUUUCAUUUAGUUGUAAGCUGCAUUAAUAUUUUGAAAAUCGCGUUGUUGAAUGGCUUUUCUGAAGGAAUUAUAAUAUUAAAACAUUUUACAGUCUGUGUAUUUACGUGUUAUUUAAUGAUAUGAGGGGGUUUGAUUAUUUGAUUAAGGCUUAAAUCCCUCCAACGGUCACAAAAAGGUGAAGGUUUCUUACAUACUGUACAAAUGCUCAUACUUGAAUGUCAUACUUGAACACAGAAACGUGUCCAAAAACACAAUGUUCACUAAACACUUUGAUUUAUUCAAGACAAUCAUGUAGUCAAUUAAUACAUUAAGUAUUCUUCAUUAGCCACAGGCUGCUUAUGUCAUGUGAAAAAUGAACACUAACAUGUUUAUCAGCAUUUUACAACUAAUUUACAUGCGGCUCAUCCAGUCAGAAUU